AUUUGAUGGGUCGUCUGUGUAGAGAAACUCAGAAAGUACUCCCAUGCUCCCUCCAUAAAGCAUAAACAAAACUGCCUUUUCUGUGUUAUUUCCAUCUCUUUACACAUCAACUUUCUUUCAAUUCCCAAGCCAAGAUCAUGCUCAACCAAGGGUUUUUAGAAGAUCAACAAAUAAGUUUCUUUCCUUUUCCUGCAAACAUGAUUUCCCUUCCAAAUCAAAACUUGAAAACUCUAUCACCUUCUUAUCACCUUCCACAACACUCUAAACCAGAACAGCAUCUCACUUCUCACUUUGGUCUUCCUUUACAAUCUUCAAAUGCAAAUUACUGGGCAUGGGGGGAAGUGGGUGAAAUAAUUAGCAACAAGAUAUUAGGGAUGGGUAGGGAUGAUCAUCAUCACCAUCUAGGGGUUUCUGGAAUGAAGAUGAAGAAGAUGAAAUCAAGAAGAAAAGUGAGGGAACCCAGGUUUUGCUUCAAGACGAUGAGUGAUGUCGAUGUAUUGGAUGAUGGCUACAAAUGGAGGAAAUAUGGACAAAAAGUUGUCAAGAACACACAACACCCCAGGAGUUAUUAUCGAUGCACGCAAGACAAUUGUCGUGUAAAGAAACGAGUUGAGAGAUUAGCAGAGGACCCUAGAAUGGUGAUUACAACUUAUGAAGGUAGACAUGCACAUUCACCAUCACAAAACGAGGAAGAUUCAGAAGCUAACACUGCUAAGCUCUGCAAUUUCUGGCUCUAGACUAACUUUAUAUUGAUAGUAAGACCCUAGGCUAUCAUUGUAUUGCUAUUGAUAGUAUGAUGCUAAUGAUAGUUAGUGUGUGGUUUUCUUUCAUUUGUAUAUGAUGUCCUCUUUUUGUUGGACGACCGUUGAUGAAUGCCUUUCUUAAAAGAAGAAUUAUAUCUUUUAUCUACACAUUUGUGUGAUUGCGUAAAUGUUGGCCAUUAUUUAACA